ACUGUGACAAAAACAGAAAGAUUGUGACAUGAGUCAUAAGAUGAAAUGAAUGAAACCCAAGUUAUUAUUUCUUCUCUCCUUCAAAAAAAAUUCAUCCUUUUCACAUUUUUUUUCUUUCUCUACACAAGAUUUUUCUUUUCCUCUGCUCAAAAACCAAACUUUUUCAAUUCUAAACUCAGAAAACCGCUUCUUUGGAUCACACCCUUUUUCUCUCUCUCUUCUUCUUCUUCUUUUCUUCUGCUUGAAGCUUUUGCAUCAUUCCAAACAAAGCCCACAAUUUUUGACCCUUAAUCAAACCCUCUGAUUCAGCUGAAUGCUAAUGAAACUGAGAUGAACAGUUUCCAUUUCUGGGUCUUACCUUUUCUCUCUUUUCCUGCUUAGUGUCAAACAGAGCAGCAGGACUAUUCAUUCAUGGCAGCAAAGCGCGUGUAUCAAGUUUGGAAAGGAAGUAAUAAAUUCAUAUUUGGAGGGAGGUUGAUAUUUGGGCCUGAUGCUAGGUCCUUGCUUAUCACUUUGUCGCUGAUUAUUUUUCCAGUUAUCAUCUUUUGUGUAUUUGUAGCAAGGCAUCUUCGGCAUGAAUUUUCUUCAUAUUAUUCAGGAUAUGCUAUUUUAGUAGUGGCAAUUCUCUUUACUAUCCAUGUCUUGGUGCUUCUCUGUCUUACUUCUGCACGUGAUCCGGGUGUCAUCCCCAGGAAUUCACAUCCACCAGAAGAAGAGUUUCGUUAUGAGUCUUCUGGGGUAGGUGGACAACAAACGCCAAGCCUUCAGUUCCCACGAACAAAAGAAGUAAUGGUCAAUGGCCUUCCUGUAAAGGUGAAAUAUUGUGAAACUUGUAUGCUGUAUCGCCCUCCUCGUUGCUCGCAUUGCUCCAUAUGCAACAACUGUGUUGAACGUUUCGAUCACCAUUGCCCUUGGGUGGGACAAUGCAUUGGACUGAGGAACUACCGUUACUUCUUUCUGUUUGUUUCUUCCGCAACUAUUCUAUGCAUCUACGUGUUUUCUUUCUCGGCAUUUUACAUAAAGGUUCUGAUGGAUAAUAAUGAUAUUGGCACAGUGUGGAAGGCGAUGAAAGAAUCCCCCGCAUCUGUGGUUUUAAUGGCUUAUUGUUUCAUCUCUUUGUGGUUUGUUGGUGGACUAUCAGGUUUUCAUUUGUACCUUAUCGGCUCAAACCAGACUACCUAUGAAAACUUCCGUUAUAGAGCUGAUGGCAGGAUCAAUGUUUUUAAUCAAGGCUGUUUAAAUAAUUUUCUGGAAGUGUUUUGCACAGAAAUAAGACCCUCGAGGAACAAUUUCAGGGAUUUUGUUCAAGAGGAGGUACAAAGGCCGCUGACUACGGUCGUUGUCCGGGGACGUGAACCAGAUGAUUUAGGUGGAGAUCGUCGUCCUAAGGUUGAAGAUGAUCUCGAUAUCGGUGAAGAUUUAUUGAAGAUCUCACAGCGUAGGAAUGUUGAAGAACUUGGCGAAGAUAUUCAAAGUAGAGGGAGCAAUGGUGCGCCCUAUAAUACAGCUGAACCUGAUUCAAUUUUGUCAUCAGAUCAUCGAGCUACCACAAUACGAUCUGAUGCUAGGCACUCAAGUUGGGAAAGGAGUGGAAAUUGGGAAAUUGCACAAGAUGUCUUUGCCAAUUCAAAUGUCACCGAAAGCAGAAAUUAUGUCACAUCAAAGGAAGUACGCCAAUGACGGGUAUGAUAUGGUUUGUCCUUGUGAUAUUUUAAUGACAUCGAACAUAAUUGAUAUGUCAUUACUUGGAUACUCAAGAUGGAAAAGAAAAUGCUCCUUGAUCAGAUUUUGAACAGGAGUUGAGGUAAUUAAACUUAUGGUAUAAAAACUUAGCUUAUCUUAUGUGGUAGUAAUACUAAUACUAGCUAGUUGUGAUAUGUGGAUUUCAUCAUUUUUUUAAUUGUCCAAUAUGUGGAUUUCAACUUUACUUUGCUUUAUUCUUUGUGUAAAUAACUAGUUGUGAUACUGAAAAACUAUGCUACAUAUAUUUCGUUUUAGGCACCGUAAAUAGUAGAUUAUCCUUGCUAUUAAUGUGAUAUAUUUUAGAGACUCUUUGUCAUAGUUGGCAAAAAAAAUUAUAUGGGAGUCAUUUCAAUUUGUUU